AUGAUUGACGACCAUCAUCAAAAGCUCGCUCUGGGCAUUGUCGUCGCUUUUCCUAUUCUGGGCGGCCUAGCUGUGAUCCUUAGAUUAUGGAGUCGAGGAUUGUCGCGAUCUGCACUGACAAGUGAUGACUAUCUGAUUAUUGUGGGCUAUCUCCUCGCUGUUUCACAGUCAGUCACGUCAUGGUACUAUAUCAAGACCAACUAUGUCGGCAUCCACAUGGUAGACAUCCCCCCGGACUACGAUGUCAAAUUAGGAUUGAUUUGGAACUUUGUCAACCAACUUCUCUACAACCCAACCUUGACCAUCAUCAAAUUGUCAAUUUUGGUAUUCCUCCGUCGUCUCGAAUCACGGUCGCGAGUCGUCAACGCUUUGAUAUGGGCUUCAAUGGGAAUCGUUAUCGCCUUAUUUGUGGCCGUCCUAUUCGUCGACAUCUUCCAAUGCACCCCUAUUGCAUACGUUUACGACAUGUCGAUCAAGGGAGGGACCUGCAUCGACCAAGGAGGAUUCUAUGUGUCUACCGCAGCAAUCAAUCUCUUCACAGACAUCAUGGUGCUGUCUAUUCCCAUCAUCAUUACUUGGAAUCUUCAAAUGCCCCUACGACGAAAGCUUGCGGUCUGCGUGAUCUUGUGUCUUGGUGGAGUUGCAACCGCCAUCGGCGUCUGGCGUAUCAUAAUCCUCGCAGAGGGCUUCCUUAGCCACAAGGUCGUAUCGGAUCCUACCUAUUCCAUUGGCUUUUGCAGCUCAGCCAUCGAAGUCAACGUGGCUGUUGUGACCGCCUGUGGUCCAUCGAUGAAAGCCAUCGCCAGCAAGUAUCUUCCUCGUCUCCUGGGAACAUCGCGCGGCGGAGGUACCUCUGGCUAUGGACCUGGGACCAGUGGAUCUCGCGGUGUCUUCCCUGGCUCCAAGUUUUCCAGACACAAGUCGCAGCUGCACUCUAAUGCCGACGACGGAUACGAGAUGGCGGAUCCGAGGCACCGUGUGGACAUCGGCCCGGGCGAAAGCGGGAACCAAUUUGAUAUGCGGAAGUAUAAGCGCAGCGGCGAUAGUCCCAGUAUCUCAAGUGAAAGUGAGGAUGGCAUAGCCGGGAUUGUGAAAACGACUGAUGUUUCGGUGCGAUAUACCGUCGACGAGGUGAGCCCCCAUCAUAAUGGCCGGUCGCAUGAUGGCAAACAUACCAGUAUGGAUAGCUUGGUUUAG